AUGGGGGACAUUAACAUUGCUCUGCUUGUUAUUGCAAUUGUUGUAUCAUUGCUUUCCAUCGCCGUCAGUAUUUAUCUCCUCAUUAACUACCAACAUCCAGAUGACUCGAACCAAGCGUACUUUCCAAAACUUGUCGUGGUCAUUGGUCUUACGCUUGCACAGCUUUCAGUUCUCAUGCUUCCUGCGGACGUUUCGAACCGGCAAAGCUGCAUUAAUGGCUUUGUGAACGGAGAUUGCUCUGAGACUUUACCCAUGAGGACUCUGUGGUACAUCCUUUGGAUUGCUAUGUGCGUCAUGGUCUUCGUCAUCAUCCCUUUUUCCAUCUUUUUGUACGAAGGCGAUGAAGAAAAGGGUACCGGGAAACGGGUAUUGCUCGCGGUCUUGUGGUGUCUUCUAUCAGUGUUUGUGUUCGGGGGACUCCUUGGAAUUCUUUAUGGAUUCGUUGGUUACGUGGAGUAUCCUGUAAAGAGGCUGGUCUCUGCGACUAUUCCCAUGACGAACGACUUUAGCUCGCUUGGCAGUCAGGCUUCCUGUGUUUCCUUGUAUAAUACUGGUCUGGGCGCGUGUUCUUCUUAUGCUUCUCCUCAAGGAUCCAAGACCACGUGGACACUGAGGGUCUCGUUUCCGAAGUACAUUAUUGCAUUAUUUACGAUACUGGGGUCUCUCUUAUUCUCAAUUUUUGGUGGUGUUGGCAUAGCCGUCUUGCCACUGUCAUCUAUUCUUUCCUUUCUAAGGCGUCCAAGAGCCACAAUAACUCGCUCGGAGUACAUCAAGGAAGCCACAGCAAUUGGGAAAAAAGCCAAGGAGAUACAUGAACUUGCUGUUACUCUUCAGCAGGAGGAGAGAAGUGGCGGUAAAACUUGGGCAUGGAGGCGAAAUGCAAAGAAGUUGCAGCAGGCUCUUUUUCAUUUGGAAGAGGAGGAAGCUGAGCUUCGAGAAAGAUUUCCCCAAGGAGAAGAAGCAGAGAUGUUCUGGGCUAUGACAGUACUUGUCUACAUUGGGAAACUAAUAUUUGGAGUCAUUGGGCUUGCCAUUUCUGUUGCUUGGAUUGUGCAUAUAAUCCUAUAUUUGCUCAUACAACCACCAGCGUCGGCUUUCCUGAACGAUUUUUUUAUAACCCUCGACCGGUGGUGGGGACUGCUCGGAACAGGGGCAUUUUCAAUUUUUUGCUUUUACCUCUUCCUGGCUGUAAUUUCGGGGGAGAUGUUUCUUGGUCUCAACAUUCUGAUCCUUUCAAUUCAUCCCAUGAGGUGGAAUGCUACCCUCAUGAGUUCGUUCUUAUUUAACGUGGCCCUCAUACUUUGCUGUGCAACGAGUGCAAUACAAUUUUGUGCUAAGGCCUUUGCUGCAUAUGCACAAGAAACAGCAGUGCAGGAGAUAUUCGGUCAUACGCUAGAAAAUCUUCAAGGCAUACGCUACCUAUACGUGUUUAACUUGUUCCAGUACAUAUUCAUUGUCAUGUUUGUUGUGACAUUCAUUUACUUCUUGGCUGUGAGUGCUGGGAGUGCAUUGCAGCAGUAUGGUUGA